CAGGGGUUCCCGGUUUCACUGAGAGGAAAGUGACAGAAGCCGUGCAGAGGGAGGCGCAGACAGAGAGCGGAGCGCCGGGCAGCCACCCAGUCUCGGGGGAGCGCUCAGCUCCCCCACCCCCGGCUCCCACCCUGUCCGGGGGGCUUCUCAGGCCCUCAGCCCCACUCCCAGGCUCCCCAUGGAAGCCAGCUGUGCCCCAGGAGGAGCUGGAGGAGGAGGAGUCGGCUAAAUGCUCGCGGUGCGCCCGGGGCCCCAGAGCCCAGCCAGCUCCGCGCCUCUGCCCUAAGGCCCCCGCGCCCCCAGCGCCCCCCGCGCCCCCUACCCGGGGCUGCGCCGCCUGCGCCCGCCCCUCCCCGGGGCUUCGCCCCGGACCUGCCCCCGCCCGCUAGCCACUGCUCAGGCAGGAGCUCUGGGCCGGGUGCGCCGCCGCCCUGGAGUAAGGCGAAGAGGGUCUCCGGAGCCGGCCGCGAUGGACGCCGUCUUGGAGCCCUUCCCGGCCGACAGGCUGUUCCCCGGAUCCAGCUUCCUGGACCUGGGGGAUCUGAACGAGUCGGAUUUCCUCAACAAUGCGCAUUUCCCUGAGCACCUGGACCACUUCGCGGAGAACAUGGAGGACUUCUCUAAUGACCUGUUCAGCAGUUUCUUUGACGACCCUGUGCUGGACGAGAAGAGCCCUCUACUGGACAUGGAACUGGACUCCCCCACACCAGGCAUCCAGGCUGAGCAUAGCUACUCCCUGAGCGGUGACUCGGCACCUCAGAGCCCCCUUGUGCCCAUCAAGAUGGAGGACACCACCCAAGACGUGGAACAGGAAGCAUGGGUGCUGGGACACAAACUGUGCUCCGUCAUGGUGAAGCAGGAGCAGAGCCCGGAGCUGCCCGUGGACCCUCUGGCCGCCUCCUCAGCCAUGGCUGCUGCUGCUGCCAUGGCCACCACCCCGCUGCUGGGCCUCAGCCCCCUGUCCAGGCUGCCUGUCCCCCACCAGGCCCCAGGAGAGAUGACUCAGCUGCCAGUGAUCAAAGCGGAGCCCCAGGAGGUGAAUCAGUUCCUCAAAGUGACACCAGAGGACCUGGUGCAGAUGCCUCUGACGCCCCCCAGCAGCCACGGCAGCGACAGUGACGGCUCCCAGAGUCCCCGCUCUCUGCCCCCCUCCAGCCCUGUCCGGCCCAUGGCCCGCUCCUCCACGGCCAUCUCCACCUCCCCCCUUCUCACCGCCCCUCACAAAUUACAGGGGACAUCAGGGCCGCUGCUCCUGACAGAGGAGGAGAAACGCACCCUGAUUGCUGAGGGCUACCCCAUCCCCACGAAGCUCCCCCUCACCAAAGCCGAAGAAAAGGCCUUAAAGAGGGUCCGGAGAAAAAUCAAGAAUAAGAUCUCGGCCCAGGAGAGCCGCCGCAAGAAGAAGGAGUACGUGGAAUGUCUAGAAAAGAAGGUGGAGACAUUUACAUCAGAGAACAAUGAACUGUGGAAGAAAGUAGAGACCCUGGAGAAUGCCAACAGGACCCUGCUGCAGCAGCUGCAGAAACUCCAGACUCUGGUCACCAACAAGAUCUCAAGACCUUACAAGAUGGCCGCCACCCAGACUGGGACCUGCCUCAUGGUGGCGGCCUUGUGCUUCGUUCUGGUGCUGGGCUCCCUUGUGCCCUGCCUCCCUGAGUUCUCCUCCAGCUCCCAGACUGUGAAGGAAGACCCCGUGGCCGCUGACAGCGUCUACACAGCCAGUCAGAUGCCCUCCCGGAGCCUCCUGUUCUACGAUGAGGGGGCAGGCUCGUGGGAGGAUGGCCGCAGUGCCCUGCUGCCUGUGGAGCCCCCAGAUGGCUGGGAGAUCAAGCGGGGGCCAGCAGAGCAGCGGCCCCAGGACCACCUGCAGCUUGACCACCUGGACAGCACCCACGAGACCACCAAGUACCUGAGUGAGGCCUGGCCAAAAGACGUCGGUGGAAAUGGCACCAGCCCCGACUUCUCUCAUCCCAAGGAGUGGUUCCGUGAGAGGGAUCUGGGCCCCAAUACCACCAUCAAACUCUCCUAGGCCGUGCCAAGACCCAGGACACAGGACGUACCCCCUGGCGCCCAGAAGAGGGGUGGUCUUGCUCUCUAACCCGGAUCCAGCUUGUACCCCUGCCCCCUGGGCUCCCAGCCCAGGAGAAGGGGUUCCACUUUUCCCCAGACCUUCUUUGCCCCAAUCUUUACCAGGGCCUUUCCUUUCCCCACCACAAUCGGACUGUUCCCUUGGGCUGACCACUCUGUUCUCACCCCACCCUCCCACAACCAUCCGUCCUUCUCAGAUAAACCACUCACUGGGCUAACCCCUUCCUUUCUCAUAAUGACCAACACGACCACUGCCUCCCUGCCCCCCCCCCACAAACAUACACAUGAACAUACCGACACACACACACACACACACCCCUCACCCCCGCCCCACUGUACAGAGACCAAGAACAGAAAUUGUUUGUAAAUAAUGAACCUUAUUUUUUAUUAUUGCCAAUCCCCUAAGAUAUUGUAUUUUACAAGUCUCCAUCCUCCCUUCACCCCUCCCUUGUUUUAUAUUUUAUGAAGUUAGUGCGGGCUUUGCCGUUCCCUGGCCCUCUCCUGGCCUCCCCUGCUGCUGCCCAAGCCGCUGGGCCUUUUUAAUUGCCAAACUGCUUCGUCCAUCAGCUCAGCACAUGCUUUAAGAAGGCAAAAGUAAAAAAAAAAAAAAGAUGCAGCAUCAA